GCUGCUGUCAGAUAUCCGAUCGCAUUCGCAUGGCGAGGAGGUAACCUGAUCGAGCGGGGAGGAGUGACUUUACCAGGGAAGGCUUGAACCAAAAAAAAAAAAAUGUCUUCUUCUUCUGCCGGAGAAGUCACAACAGCAAAUGACAUCAAGAGGGAAAAUGUGAAGGAGGUGGAUACGCGGGAGUGCAUCAAGCUUGUGGCGCUGGACGCGGCGGAGUUGCCCAUGGAGCGCACGACUCCCAGCACUGACGCGGUGCGCACUGAGCUGUUGGUGAAUGCCGCUUCCUCUCUUGCUUUCUCCCCGGAGCAAGUGGCGUGUGUCUGCGAGGCACUGCAGCAGGGAGGCAAUGUGGACCGGCUGGCCAGGUUCCUGUGGUCCCUGCCACAGAGUGACCUGCUACGGGGCAACGAAAGCAUCCUGAAAGCUCAAGCCCUCGUAGCUUUCCAUCAGGCUCGGUAUCAGGAGCUGUACAGUAUUUUGGAGAACCACAGUUUUAGUCCGUCCAACCACACCUUUCUGCAAGAUCUGUGGUACAAAGCGCGGUACACCGAGGCGGAGAAGGCGCGGGGUAGACCCCUGGGCGCAGUGGACAAGUACCGAAUCCGGAGAAAGUAUCCUCUCCCCAGGACUAUCUGGGACGGCGAGGAGACUGUUUAUUGUUUCAAGGAGAGGUCGCGGAACGCACUGAAGGAUCUGUAUAAUCAAAAUAGGUACCCGUCUCCAGCGGAGAAAAGAAAUCUCGCCAAGAUAACCGGACUCUCCUUGACCCAGGUCAGCAACUGGUUCAAAAACAGGAGACAGAGAGACAGAAACCCGUCGGAAGCACAAUCAAAAAGUGAAUCAGAUGGAAACCACAGCACAGAGGAUGAGUCCAGUAAAGGCCAGGAGGAGCUGUCUCCUCGUCCUCUCUCCAAUUCUUCAGAUGGGGUGAUAACCCACGGGAACCUUCCUAUUCAGACGGGACCUCUGGACAGUGGGGUGGUCAUCCAACAGAUCGGGGACAUCAAGAUGCCUCCUGGAUCCAGCAGUGGCGGUCUCUACAAUGGAAGUCUAGUGACCAGUAACACGCCCUCUACUGUAUUUCACAAUGGUGGAUCAUCUUACCUCCACUCACCUGGAAACAUCCUCUUCAACGGGCUCAAUUUGGGCAUCCAGCCCCUGGCAUUUAACCCUCUGAGACCCUCUGGAGGGGUGCUGCUGGGGGGCUCUGGAGUAGACAUGCAGAUGCAGACAGGACAGGACAAAGGACUAGGGAAUGCUGAGGAGUCCACCCUGCCAUAUGCAUCUUACGCUGGCUGUGUGAAUGGGUCAGAGGUGAAGCUGGAAGGGGUUCACACCAUGGCUGCCCAGAAUGGCGGCUCCUCCGUUCUGACAUUCAGCUCCCCAUCAGGCGCUCUGCAGCUGGGUGGCUACAGCCUGGUCCAGGUACCAAGUGGAGUCUCUGACAGCGAUGGCAGCUCAUUACUCAACAGCGACGUAGGUCUUCCUCCCCUGCAGCUUUCUUCUGCCUCCUCUUCUUCAACAAUUACACAACAAGGUACCAUGGCUCUGAAUAAUGUAGCAGUGAGUUCCUCCAGUGGCGACUCAUUCGAGCAGCAGGACAAACUGACCAUGGCAUCUUUGCACCACAGUACGGUUCUCUACAGCAUGAGCAAUAGCGGCCAGCCAUCCAUCAAGAAGGAGCCUCUGGAGGGAGGUGUUUAUUCCUCGUACCAUCACGGGCUCCACUUGGACCCCAGUGGUCAAAUCAACUACUCCAGUUCAGAAGAGAUUUCCUCCAGCCAAGGUCCCGCCUCAACCGUCGAGGUCACUGCCGUCAGCUCAUCCAGCCCGGACUCAGAGGUCUACACCACCCUCACUGUCAGCACACCCCUGAUGGCUCAAACAGAACCGAGCAACCACCACCUCCAGCCCACAGAGUACCUUGGGGGCCACGAGGUCCGAGGGGCACCGUCCUCACACCUGAUGGGCCCCGGCAUGAACAACAACUACAUGAACCUUUCAGAGAGCAAGGUGGAUGGCUCGGGUUCAGGAAGCAUGAACGAAAUGGUGCGGGCAAUGUGUGGGGAGAUGGAGGCUACGGAGGGAAAGGAGCUGGCCAAACUACAGACAGUGCAGAUGGAUGAGGACAUGGCUGACCUUUAACCUCAAACCUCUCCCUUUUGCAGAAGCACUCAAGUCCGCCCAAGCAGUGAUAUGAUGAAUCUUUUUACUCCUUUUUGUGUGCGUGUGUGUGGGUUGUUUUUUUGUUUUUGUUUUU